ACCCAAAACCUUCCCCCCCUCUUCUCUCUCUCUCUCUCUCGAUUGAGCUUUUUCAGCACCAACACAAUCUCCUCUCACCAACCCAUAGCCCCAUUCGACCCUACUCCAAUCCCCAUCAAUACCCAAUACCCACCUCUCAAUUUCCCUCCCCACCUAUACCUCACCUCUGUUUUCCUCUCUCUGUUACACCUUCCCAAUUUGUUUCCUUUCCUUUCCCCUUCUCCAUCAAAUACACUCAAUUUCUCCCCAUUUCCCACCUGGGUCUCCCUCUCUGUUUCUCAAUUCACCCCAAAUUCCCACCAAUUCUCAAUCUUUCAUGGACAACCGCUACUUCCUCAGUUCUGGCAUAAUCCCACCGCCAUUCUACUCAGAACAGUCGCCAAUGCCGACGUGGCAUUCCGUCUCCAAUCUGAAUUCACCUCCCAGGCUACACUUGCCAAUUGUGGAACACCUCGUGAAAGAAAACAUGCCCAAUUUGGGAUUUCCAAUGGCUUUGAAUCCCAAUUUGCCGACAAUCUCCGGCGAUCCCGGCUUCACCGAAAGAGCGGCGAGGUUUUCCUGCUUUGGUAGCCGCAGCAGUUUCAACGAAAGGACGAGCCAGUUGCUGGGCAGUACUGAGUCGCCGUACAGAUCUAGUAGUGCAUUGAUGGAGAGGGAAAAGAUGCCUAGGGUUUCGAGCAGUGGUUCUUUCAAGGGAGCUGGAUCUCCAAUGAGUGCUCGAGAGAAUUGGAAUUCGAUACAAACCCAUUCGGGAAUGAAGUGUGCUGGUGACUUUGACAUGAAUUUGAGUCAAGUACCAAUGUCCGAUCGAGCUGAAUUCCCCAGUUCGAACGAGGGCUCCUCUGUUUCUGGGCAAAUUCCGAAUGGGGAAACCGGAUCAAAAGGUCCAUGUGAUUCGAGUUCCAAGAAAAGGAAAGCAGCUUCCAGAGGAAAAUCUAAGGUGGUAGAGGCAGAGGAUGAUGGGAAUACGAAAAGAUGCAAAUCUACUGAAGGCAAUGGGAUUGAAAACGAUAACGUGAAAACAGAGAAUAAAACUGAUGAAGAAAAGGGUAGCCCAAAGCCUGCCGAGCCCCCAAAGGAUUACAUUCAUGUUAGAGCAAGAAGGGGUCAAGCUACUGACAGCCAUAGCCUAGCUGAAAGAGUUCGGAGAGAGAAGAUAGGUGAGAGAAUGAAACUUUUACAAGAUCUUGUACCAGGUUGCAAUAAGGUGACUGGAAAAGCACUUAUGCUUGAUGAGAUUAUAAACUACGUGCAGUCAUUACAACGCCAAGUCGAGUUUCUAUCGAUGAAAUUAGCUUCGGUGAAUCCAAGGUUGGAUGGUACGAACAUGGAUAGUAUCUUCCCAAAGGAUGUAUCUCAGCCUAAUGGAUCCUUUCCUCAUCCAGUAGCAGUGACCCAAAGUUCAGUGCACCCUCUAGACACCACAUAUUGCCAAAACAUGGGCACUCUAGUUGAUGAAUUAGGCCAAGGUCUUCCACAGUUUCCGACAUUGUGUGAAGACGACUUGCAAAGCAUUGUUCAGAUGGGCUUAGGCCGGAGCCCAAACUGCGAUAUGGGAUUUUACUCACAGUUUUUUUCUGGCUCAAGUCAGAAAUCCCACAUGAAAAGUGAACUUUGAUCACACCUCAUUAAUCCUGAACCUGAGGGCUAGAUGGAGAGAGAGGGUGAUGUGUAUAGAAAGAGAUUUUCAUUCUUAACUGGUGCUUUCAUGGACUGCUAAUCCAUCUUUAGGUAAAAUUAAGAUCACCCUUUCUCUCUUAGCUUUUAUCAUUUCAUCUUAUUAUUGGAUCCAUUUUGGUCUUCCUAAUCUCCUUUUUUUCUUCUUCUUUUUCUGUAUGAUCUGGUGAAAAGGUGCAAAUUGUUGUAGCAGCACCCUACUGUAUAAUAUAGUCUCUUAAGAAAUUGAGAAGCAAAAAUUUCCACAGCUUUCAUUUUCCAUCCUAUUCGACAUAUGUAUUGCAUACAGUUGAAAAAUCAUGUCAAUUCGACAAGAUCUAUUGUAAUCUCUCAUCUUCAUUU